CAGACGACAAACACACUUUCAAAUUCCUUUCGAUUUUUAAAAGUGAAACCAUUGCCAUUUUCUGUUCAUGAUGUUAUUAUGUUUGUGUACAGCAUAUUUAUGGAUGGUGAAGUUAAUGAAACGUAUUUAACUCUAGACGGACAUGUAGAGUUGCAUAAAUACAGGUAUCUGUAUUUUGUUGUCACACUGACUGUGUAUAUUUUUAUUGUUAUUGCUAACCUGACCAUUGUGUAUGUUAUAUGGACGCAUGAAAACCUCCAUGAGCCCAUGUACGUUUUCAUCGCCGCUUUGCUUCUGAACUCUGUUGUUUUCAGCACUAACAUCUAUCCCAAACUGCUGUCAGAUUUUCUAUCAGAGAAACAGAUUAUAUCAUAUUCAGCUUGUUAUUUGCAGUUUUUUCUCUACUAUUGUUUGGGUGCUUCAGAGUUUUCACUGCUGGCAGCAAUGGCCUACGAUCGUUACGUGUCGAUAUGUAAACCUUUACAAUAUGCAACAAUAAUGGGGAGAAACACGGUUAGUAUUUACUUGAGUUUGGCUUGGCUGGUGCCUGCUUGUCUGAUUGCAGUUAUGGUAAUACUGAAUGUGAAUGUAAAGCUCUGUAAAUAUAAUAUAAAUGGAAUUUUAUGUAAUAAUUCAAUCUACGGUCUCCACUGUGUAGACUCGAAGGUGCAAACUGUGUUUGGUGCUGUUGUGCUGGUCUUGACUCUGUUGUUUCCUCUGCUUUUCAUCGUUUUUACUUACAGCAGAAUAUUUAUCAUAUCCUAUCGUAGCUCUAAAGAAGUCAGAAAGAAAGCUGCUCAGACCUGCUCGCCCCACUUGCUGGUGCUGAUCAGUUUCUCCUGUUUGUGUGCGUUUGAUGUCAUCAUAGCUCGACUGGGAUCCAACCUUACAAACUUAAUCCGUUUAAUAAUGACUUUACAGGCAGUUUUGUAUCAUCCUCUAUUUAAUCCAAUCAUAUAUGGUUUAAAAAUGAAGGAGAUAUCAAAACAAUUGAAAAGGUUGUUUUCUAAAGCUAAAGUUAUACACUUCUAAAGUUUAUCAUUAUACCAACGUGAGAUUGUUUGACACUUUCUUAUACAUUUGUAUUGUUAUGUGAAAUAAGUAAAUGUGCUAUGAUUUACAAAACCCUUUUUAUGAAAAGCAAUCUUGUCUAACUAAUGUAAGUUUUCUGGUUCAAGUUUGCAUAGCUUCUUUCUUAAGUUUGUCGUGUCGGAAAAAAACUAAGUUUGAAAUACGCAAA